UUUCGUGGAAACAGAUUCCCGGAACCUCCGUCAGUCCAAACUGAACUGAGGUGUUUUCUGUGCUGCAGUUCACUGAAUAUAGAGCACACACAGCUGCAUGUUCAGCAGCACACGGCCGGGAACACACGGACACUAUUUUUCUCAUUUUUAAAGAAUACAACAGAUAGUAAGAAGGAAUAUUUUCUUUAUUUUGUUCGCCACCAUUCGAGACUAUUCGGUUAAAAUGAUUAAUAAUUUACUGAGAAGCUACUUGAUCAUGCGCUGGACUGUUUUUUCUACUGUUUACCAAACUGGUCCCGAUCCUUAUACAUUUGUUUAAUUUAAGGGUGCUGUCAGUCAGUUAUGGUUGCCCGCGCAGUGACCAUCGUCCAUCACGAGGAGCGAGGAGCUUCGUGCCGCCCUCAUCCCUCUCCUCCACCCUGUGACCCAGCAGAGGACCUCCGCUGCAUCGCCACCACCUUCCAGUAUCUGCAGAACUCAGGUUGGUACUGGGGCUCCAUCUCAGCGAGUGAAGCUCGGGAAGCUCUCCUAAAAAAGUCUGAAGGCACGUUCCUGGUGCGGGACAGCAGUCAUCCUCAGUACAUGCUGGCGUUGUCGGUGAAGACGCGCUGUGGACCCACCAGUGUGCGCAUCGAGUACAGCAGGGGCUCCUUCUGGCUGGACUCCAUCUCCCCCGGCCUGCCCCACCUGCAGUCCUUCCCAGAUGUCCUCAGCCUCAUACAGCACUACACAGCCCAGGGCCACACGCCGCAGGGCCAGGUGUCUGAUGACAUCCAUCCCCGGACAAGAACUAACCCCGCCGAGCACACGGCGAAGGACAGCAGCGUGCCUCUGAAGCUGAGGCUCCCCCUGCACAAACCGGAGGCCUUCCCUUCUUUGCAGCAUCUGACGCGCCUCGCCAUCAACAGACACACAAACUGCACCGACCAGCUGCCACUCCCGAAUCCUCUGCUGCGCUAUCUGCAGGACUACCCUUUCCACAUAUGAGGGUCUGUGGCCCUUUGCUGCAGGACACAGAGACAGGGGUCAGGGUCACACUCCAAACGACCACACACUGUGAAUCUGGGACAGGCAGCAACCCAGAGGGAGAAUAUUGAAACAAAUGAACGAGCCCAGUCUUACUACACUGCUACUAUUGUUCUCCAGAAUAAUAUCGUUUUUAUUAUUUUCAUAUGUCUGUUUCUGCUUGUGUAAAUUGAUUUCAACAAUGCCAAUAUGUGAGGAUUUUUCUCAUUAUUUUCCCCAUGCAUGUUUCAGACCAGUGGUCCCAACAUGAGACAUCAAAAACGCAUUAAUAAUCCCAGGUGAUAAAGAAAUAUACUUUGUUACUAAAUGCAUGCCAAAUGUGUUAAUUUGGAACAACUUUAGGUGUAGUAACUGUUUCUUUUAGACACACUGAAUUUCAAUUUGAAGCUAUUUUCAAUAUAUUUUUAUGUACUUAGUUGUGUUAAAUUGAAACACAUUUAAGCACUGCUAUUCCAAUCAAAUGUAUUACUUUGAAUUAAAAUGUAUUUAAUUUAAACUACAGUGCCAUUUUUAAAUCAUAUUAGAGGUACCCUGAGUAUAAUUCAAAUGUGGACACUUUCAAUAGGUAAUCAGCUCAUUAACAAUAUAUUACCAGUAUACUCCAAGAGCCAUUAUUAGUGUAAUCCUUGUUUAAACCAUUCAGUAUGACAAUAGCGCAUUCUUACUGCAUUACAAAUACACUGCAAAAAAUGUCCGCCCAGUACAAUAGAAAAGAAAUAAUUCAAAUUAAACCAGAACACACAUAAAAGUGGAACUUUGCAGUUAAAAAUCAGACCCCUGGAUAAGUUUUGCAAUAAAUAUAUUCAUAUCACGCUAGAUGUCAAAUUCACAAUACAUUUACACAGAAUAAAACUAAAUAGUACUGCAAGUAAGUGUGAAAUAAUAGAUUUUGAUUGAAAACAAAAAUGCUGCAAGAAAAUCAAAGUGACCGCAAUAAGAAUGCAUACUAUAAACAUACUUUGUGGAUUUCAACUACAUUUUUAAUGCAAUAAAGAGAAUUUCUUUUUGACAAUCAUUACAAAAGCAGUCACUGGUUGCUGCUACAGCUGAGAUAUUAUAUAUAUAUAAUUUUAUUUUGGUCUUAGGAUCUCUAUUUUUCUUUGCUUUGGAGCACAAAGCAGUUUUUAUUCAUGAAAUCAGUGAACUUGAUGAACUAUGGUUCAAGCCAACAGUGAUCUCAUGUAACUCUUUUGGGCCCUAUUUUGGUCAUCAGAAAAUAUCUUUAACAUGUCUUCUCCUCUAGUUUUUCAGUCAGUUUGUCCAUUGUGAUGCAGAAUAUGUUGAUCAUUAUUUUGUUUGGAGCCAGGAGGUUUGUUCCCUACUGAGUGUCACUGGAACGACUCUCUCCUUUUCUCUGUGUGUCUAUCUAAUCUAAUCACAGUUUAACAAAGAAUCUAAAUAGUUGGAGGUGCAUUCCUAAGACACGUUGAUACCAGUAUUAUGAGGUCAAUCUAACACAUGACCUGCAGAAUAAAGGGUCAGAGGUGCAUGACAAGUGAUUUUAAAACAUGAAAUACAGAUUAAAGUGUGCAUUUCUUUGUUUCACGUGUAGAAUCCUUUUCCUAAAGUCAGAUAUCUUCUAAAAAAUAUUAUUAGUUUGAACAUCAAAGGCUGUUUGUGGGGGAAAAAAACUGUUAGCUAUUAAAGGACAUCUGUUUACAAACUGUCUGUUUUUCUCAGAAGGAUCGUACAUGCCUGUGAAUUUCAGAGAAAUAAACCCCAGAGAUGUUUUCUCUCUCUUUUUUUUCAAA